AUGGCAAAGAAGCGCAAGAGCAAAGCGUCUGCCGCGGAGGCCCAGGGCGAGGCCGAGGAGAAGGGCACGACGGAGACGGAGCCUGCGAACAAGAAAGGAAAGUAUCGGAAAGAUAAGCCGUGGGAUCACGAGGGGAUCGACCACUGGAAGCCGGUGUCCAUUGCGAAGGAGGAUGCGCCUUCUGGUGGCUUGCUUCUCGAGGAGAGCUCCUUUGCCACGCUGUUUCCACAGUACAGAGAGCAGUACCUGAAGCAGGUCUGGCCUGAUGUUCGGAAGGUGCUCGCAGAGCACGAGCUCGCAGCAGAUCUGAAUCUGGUCGAGGGCUCCAUGACUGUGAGAACCACAAAGAAGACGUGGGAUCCGUACAUCAUCAUCAAGGCUCGGGACAUGAUCAAGCUCCUCGCUCGCAGUGUGCCCCUGCCACAAGCGCAGAAGAUCUUGGACGAUGAGGUCUACUGCGACAUUCUCAAAAUCGGCGGUCUCGUUCGCUCCAAGGAGCGCUUCGUGAAGCGAAGGCAGCGCUUGGUCGGGCCAAACGGUUCCACACUGAAGGCCAUUGAGCUGCUGACGCAGUGCUUCGUGCUGGUUCAGGGGCAGACUGUCUCUAUCAUGGGAUCCGUGAAGGGCAUCAAGCAGGUUCGACGCAUCGUGGAAGACUGCUUUCGCAACAUCCACCCGAUCUAUCACAUCAAGGAGUUGAUGAUACGCCGGGAGCUGGAGAAGGACCCGGAGCUGCAGAACGAGAAUUGGGACCGAUUCUUGCCACAUUUCAAGAACCGCAACGUGCAGAGAAAGAAGAUGAAAGACAAGAAGGCCAAGAAGAAGAGCAAAGACGUCUUCCCUCCACAGCCUACCCCCAGAAAGGAGGAUCUGCAGAUGGAGUCUGGCGAAUACUUCCUUAACGAAAAGGAGAAGCAACUCCGUCAGAGAGUUGCCAAGCGCGAGGCGCAGCAGGCGAAGAGCGCAGAAAAGCGAAGAGAGCGCGCAAAGGAGUUCGAGCCGCCCGCGCCUGCCAAAGCCAAGAAACGGAAGGGGCAGGAUGCUGGCGAGACGACGCAGGAGAUGGCGCAGCGCUUGGCCAAGAAAGCCAAGGCCAAAGCCUCUGUGCAGGCUUUGUUAUUGAGAAGUUCCUUUAGUAUUUUGUGUCUUUAA